CAAAUCUUGAUAAAUUUGAAUGUCUGCCAUGCCGUUUCACCAGUUGAAGGAGAAGAUAACCCCUUGUAUCCCCAGCCGCGAAACGUCCCCUAAUCGAGGCACAUCACUCGCCCAGGACGCCGCUAUAAGCUCAAAUCGCAAAGCGCUCCGCGAAUGGCAGAAAGCAAAUAACAUCGACCGAGAUGCGCAGAUCAAACUUAGGAGGAUUGCGCAUAUUUGCUAUCAGCAUCCAGAUCUGGCGGAGAUUACUACCUUUUUGAGAGAUUUUGGAAUGAUGGUUGCGAAGAAAACGGAAACGAAGAGAUGGUAUAAUGGAUAUGGGAUGGACCAGUAUGUUUACUAUGCGCAGCAGGGUGAGAAAAGGUUUUUGGGUGGGACGUUCGAGGUGGAGAGUUUCGCAGAGCUUGAGAAAGCAACGCAGCUUCCUGGAGCAACCCAGAUUGAGGAGUUGACAGAGGCUCCUGGAGGUGGAUAUAUGGUCACUUUGACGGAUCCAGAGGGCUUCCCGGUUAAUUUGAUGUUUGGACAAAAGCUGGCAGAAGGGGGACCAAUGCCUGAGAUCCUAACGACAAACUACGAGACGCAGAAACCGCGAGUAGCACGAUUCCAACGAUUUAAACCUGGGCCAGCGCCAGUACACAAGCUUGGUCACUACGGCCUCUGCGUCAAAAACUUCCCCGCGCAACUCAAAUGGUACACAACGAACUUCAACCUUGCACCCACUGACUUCCUCUAUACUAACCCCGAUCCCUCUAACCCGUCCCACCGCCUCGAUGUCGCAGUCUUCUGCCACAUCGACAUCGGCCCUGACUAUACCGACCAUCACACCUUUUUCAUGUCGCAAAACCCAACCUCACACGUACACCACUGUUCUUUCGAAGUCCACGAUUUCGACAGCCAGAACUUGGGACAUGAGUGGCUUGCCAGGAAAGGGUAUAAGAGUGUUUGGGGUGUGGGAAGACACAUUCUGGGUAGCCAGAUUUUUGAUUAUUGGUGGGAUACGAACGGGAAUAUGGUAGAGCAUUAUGCAGAUGGGGAUUUGGUUAAUGAGGAUACACCGGUUGGGUGGGGCCCUGCUGGGGAUGAGAGUUUGGCGAUUUGGGGACCCGAAGUGCCGAAGUGGUUUUUGGAUUAGGGGGAGAGGUUGGGGUGGGUGUGGAGUUGCCCAGUAAGAUCCAGUAC